AUGAGGCGCUUCACUACAUCACGUGAUAAUCUGCAAGCUAUUUUGCAGCGAGCAUUGGUGUCGAAAACAGUACGCGAAAUGCCAGAACAGCCCAAUGACUAUCGGGUAGCUGUUUUUGGAGCAAGCGGAGUAGGCAAAAGCUCCCUUGUGCUUCGUUUUGUAAAGGGAACUUUUAGAGAGGCUUACAUACCCACAAUUGAGGAUACAUUUCGACAGGUUAUAAGUUGUAACAAACAAGUCUGCACCCUGCAGAUAACCGACACAACAGGAAGUCACCAAUUUCCCGCUAUGCAACGUCUAAGCAUCUCCCGAGGUCAUGCCUUCAUGUUAAUCUACUCAGUUACUAGUCGCGUCUCCCUCGACGAGUUAACGCCAAUCUACGAAGAGUUAGUCCGAAUUAAGGGCCCUAGAGCAAUGCGAUCCAUUCCUAUAAUGCUGGUUGGCAAUAAAUCUGACGAAGGUGAUACUGGUCGUGAAGUGUCCACAAUCCAAGGGGAGGCCGUGGCACAAAAAUGGAAUUGCGGAUUCAUGGAGACAUCGGCAAAGAACAACGUUAAUGUGAAGGAGGUCUUUCAGGAGUUGUUACGCAUGGAGACAAGGCAAAAUAUGACUCUAGUUGGCGACACCUCAGAUUCCAAGGGCAUCCUUUCCUGUUUUCGUUUCCUGAGGCAUGGGAGCACUCAUCGAGGUGGCAGUCGGGGCGAGAAGAGUGCUGCCAAGCCCCUCCCCACAGAUACAACAAGUUGA